AUGAUCAUCUUCCGCAGCUUAUUACGAAGCAAGACACAGGAAGCCUAUUAUGCAGUAAAAGAUGCAGGAAAUUAUCUUCCAAUAUGCAAUAUCCUUUUUGGACAAUCGAUACCAUUUGAUUUUGGUGCAAAUGUUGGUACCAACAAUUCGAAUGACAGUGUUGAAGAUAUUCUUAAAAAGUACGAUUGCCUCUUUAAGGAUAUUAAACGUUUGAACCCGAAUAUCAAUGUUAUCAUUUCAGAUAUCCUACCACGUGGUGAAGAUUUUUUCACAACUUUAAAUCAGCGAGUAGCAGCUUUGAACCGUUUACAGGUAAUUAAUAGAAAGAUUGUAGAAAUUAAUUCUCAACUUGAAAAGUACUGCCAAAAUCGAGAAGCGUUUUUUAUUUGCAGGUCGUCUCAUCAUUUUGGAGCUAAGUUAUUGGCUAGGGAUGGAUUACAUCUAAACCGUCUGGGGAACAAGAAACUUGCGGCAGUUUUCCUGGAUAAUAUCAAGAUUGUUUUGACUUCAAAGCCAGUUUCUACAAAGGUUUUUGGUCAAGAUGUUAAGCAUCUUUUAUGUUCGUGGCACGUACGCCAAAGUUGGUUCCGGCAACUAAAUUCUAAAGUGGUAGAUAAGGAAGUGCGACAAAAAAUGCUAGGAAAAUUAACAAAUAUAUUACAUGAAAGAAACCAGAUCACUUUUCAUGAUCAAAUAAUAAACGAUUGGCAGGAAUCUGGUAUGUAUUUAAAAGUCAAGAGCAAGCUCUGCCAGGAGAAUUUUCUGAAACUGAAACUCAUAAAUUUUUGAGUAAUAUGGUUGAAUAAUAAUAUUUAUACUCUAGUCAAGGAAUUUUAUCUGAUAUGUCUUUAUUUUCAGAAAUAAAAGAUGAAUAAAAACUUUGUAAAAUAAUUAUUAUGUAUUCUGAAUAAAGUCUGGGGAAAAAAUUA